ACGGAGAAAGAAGUAGAGAGAGAGAGAGAGGAAAAAAAAGCAAUUUUUAUUUCCUCUUUUCUCAGGAGAGAGAAACCCUGAGUAUUGGAUUUCUUGUUGAAUUGAAUUUACCUGGUUUAGCGACGUCGCACCUGGGUUUGGAUGGCAGUUUGGCUUUGGGGGUUUCUCUUCGCCUCCUCUAAUUGAUCCAAGUUUUCGUUUUUCUCUCGGGAAAAUUCUGUUCGGCUUUCCGGGAAAGUUUUGUCAGAUUCUGAGAGGGAGGGAGAGAGAGAAAAAGAAAUUAAAAGGGCAAAAAAGAAAAUCCGCAGAACCACCAACGGAUUCUUGUGAUCACCCGUAUCGAUUCCUUUGAUCACAAAUCUCGUCCAUAAUCCGUUUGAUCGUCGAUAAGGGAAUAACAGAAAUUUUCUCUAAAUACAAAUCCCAAACCUAUAUUUUUCUGUUGGAUUUUUGGCAAGGCAUUGAAAUUCACGGGGAGUGGAUUUUGUGGUUUUUUUGGUUCUUCUCUAAUUUAAUUUUCGUCUUCUCCUUCUUCGCCUCUCAUCCGAUUGACUCAAAAUUCUGGGAACUCGGUUUGUUUUUUCUCGGGGAAAAUCUCCGGGAAAGUGAGAAAAAUCGGGUUUCCGAGUCUGGAGUUUUGCUGUCGUGCGGGAAUUUUCAGCUGGGGAUUCCAUUAAUCUUUCUCGAAUAGCUUCAGUUUCCGGGGAAAAUCCAGUGGAAUCCGAUUUCUAGAUCCGAAAUUCGGAUUCGAAAUCGAUUUAUCCCUUAUCAUCGAUGACGAAGAUGAAACAAUCGGGCUCAUUGGAUAGCUGGAGAGACUACUUCCGACAAGCAGAUUCUGAUAUAUUCGAGAUAAUCGAUCAUGCGAUCAUGGUCGCAGCCGCAGAUUGUCCGAAAGAUUUCAAGUCCCGGAGAGACAGAAUCGCUGAGCUACUCUUCUCUUGCAGAGUGAGCAGAUGCACCGGAUGCGACCAUCUCGAGCUGUCGGUUCCUGGACACGACGAAGCCAACCGUGGCGGCAGAAUCGCUGUAACCAGCGGCGGAGGCGGCGACAGGGAGGAUUACCGCCGCGGAGCAGUCGCCGUCGAUGGUGAUGAAGAUUAUGAUGGGUUUGGAGCCGGUGGUAGCAAAGAGAGCGAGGCUAAUAGUAGCAGAGGUGAUAAUCAUAUCGAUGAGAGGACGAAUUUGAACAACAAUCAGAUUGUAAGCAAUUACAGCUAUGGCGAAGCUGAGGCAUUGACUGACGAGAUUGAAGAGACUACUGUGAUUGUUGGGGAGGUCACAAGGAUCAAAGAUAUCUUGCUCAGCAGUGAAGAUCAGUCAAAAUCUUCGCUGUUCGAGUCGCUGCAGAAGCUCCAGUUGAUGUCUCUGAGUGUGGAUGUUCUGAAGGCUACCGAAAUCGGGAAGGCUGUUAAUGGCCUGAGGAAACAUGGGUCUGAUAAGAUUCGCCAACUCGCUAAGACUCUCAUUGCAGAGUGGAAGGAGCUGGUGGACCAGUGGGUGAACACCACAAAAGAAAUAGCUGGUGCUGGAUGCACUCCAGAGUCUGCAAACCCUUCUGUAAUCGAUGAAGAAGAAGGGCUUCCCUCUCCCCCAAUGGAUGAAGGAGCUCUCUUUGCCACCGGACCAAUUGGAUUAGAACUCGGACAGUUCUUUGAUGGCAUGGAGGACUUCGAUAGAAAUCCUCGAAACUCUGGGGAAUACAAUAAGAACAACCGAGAAAACAACGGAAGAAAACCACAAAAUAUCGUAACGAGGAGGCCUGAGGUGGCAAAUGAAGCAAAGACAGUUGCUGAGGACAAGAAGAGUCGACCAAUGCAGAGACAGGAAGCUCCUGUUAGAACCGUUAAACCCUCAGUUACUGAUCACAACGGACAGAGAAGAGCCCUGAAGCAAAGUACAGAACAAAGGACAAGUAAUGGAAUGUUACCUAUCCAAAAAUCUGAAAGACCCAUGAUCCAAAGGAGACCACUUGUUGCAGAACAGAAGCGGAAUGUUCCAGGAGUUCAACAAGAGAAACUCAAAGGUCUGGAUAAUGAUGCCAAGCUUGAGGUCACAAAGAGGAAACUCCAAGAGAGCUAUCAGCAACAUGAGAAGGCAAAGAGGCAGAGGACAGUACAAAUGCUGGAGACAAUCCCUAAACAAGGUAAUGCCCAAAAGCCGCAAAUCAGGAGACCAGGGAUGAACAACCGGCCUUGGGCAAACGGGCGAAGAUAAUCAGUUAUCCGGAUCGAAUUUUCGGACAAUAAACAAUUUUCAUCGAGACCUCUCCUCGGGUUCUUCUCAUCAUCAUCAUCAUCCCCCGAAGAAUCAUUGAAAACAGCACACAGAGAAUAACCCUUCUUCAAUAAAUGUUACGGCCAACACUGACAUUGGAAAAUAAGGUAAGGAUUCAACUCCCAGAUGACAGAAACAAGCAGAGCAACUACAACAGAUCAACACUUCAGUUUCGAAAUACUCUGUUUUCCUGUCUGGAGUCGCCGUUGCUGAUAUAGGCAAUUUCUGUAGUUUUUUUUUUCACUUUUCUUAAUUUUGUCCUUUUUUAGACUUCCGGCACAUGGUCCCUGCCCGGUCUGUUCCGGUCCGGACCGGUUUGAGAUUCGGGGACCAGAGAGAGAGAGGCCAUUUGCAAAGAAGACUAUAAUUUGGGGUUGACCUUCUCUUCACCUAACUUGACGAGCAAGCAAACCCCGUGAUGGUUUCAGAGGAAGAUUCGCCAAUGAAAUUUUAAUAAAUCAAUUAAUAAAAUCGUAGAGUGAUAUUUUAUAGAUA